GUGUAUUAUAGCUUGUUCUUACGUGUUUAUUGAGAUUAUAUUAUGGAGUUAUCCAAAGAACUUGAUGUGGCGAGUUCUCUGAACAAUUUGCGUUCAUGUAAUCUUGAAUUUGGAGCCAACGCUCAACAGUGGCAGACACUUGUUGAAGAUUAUUUUUGUGCCCCUACUGGCACUAGUCCUGAAUCAGAUGAGGAAGUAAGUGAUGAGGGUAGUGAUGAAUGUGAGCUUAAUUCCCACAAUGAACUUAAAAUUGUUGGUCAAAAUGAAUUAGGCCUAAGUGAUAUAUCUAGUGCCAGUCUAGAUGGCGAAGCCGCCAGUAUUGAUGAUGGUGAUGUCGAGGAUGCCGGCGAUGAUAUUGUUUUUGAUGAAAUCGCAAUCGUAAUGGAAAAUGUAAGCAUCGUAAAUCAUGAGGACUAUGCAGGUGAAACCGAAAAAAUUGUCAAUUUUACAUGUGUUGUAAAGUCUUCAAAAAAUAGCUGCUGUCUCAAUGAUGGCAAUCCGUGUUGCACCGCAUUGUCGACCGAAUUUAUGCAUGAACUGCGAACAACUAUGUCCAGCCUGCCAGCGUAUGAAAAGGACUUGAUACUGUUAGGCAAACUUAGUUCUGGUAUCAAUAUGAAAGAAACAACCGCAUCAUCAAAAAGAAAAAGGCAGACACAACGAAAACAUCAAAGAACAUGUUACUGCGUUGAAGGAACCCGUAUCUGCCGAGAGACAUUCAAGUUCCUGCACUGCAUCAGUCAGGACAAAUUGACAGCUUUACUGAAGCACUACAAGGAGCAUGGAUUGACACCACGCCACAAAAAGUCCGGAGGAAAACAAAAAACUAACGCAAGAUUUUUAACGUUUGAAGAUGUAUCAAGAGUUGUUACCUUCAUCGUAAAUUUUUCUGAAGUUCAUGCGUUAGUACUACCUGGACGAGUACCGGGAUUCAAGCGUUUUGACAUAAAACUGCUUCCAUCGAUGUACACCAAAGCAAGUAUUUGGCGGCUCUACCAGUCAGCAAUGAAUGCAGAAGGGUAUCGUGCGGUGAAAGUUCAUUCCUUUCGGAACUUGUGGCGGUCCCUUGUACCAUACAUUGUUAUGACAAAACCGAUGACGGAUCUUUGCUGGACAUGCCAGAAAAAUAAUUCGAGGAUAUACCGAAGCAUGAACAUACCAGAGGCUGAAAAGUCAGCCGAGCUCUUGAAGCAGCAGGACCAUUUGGUCAAAGUAACGCUGGAGCGGACGCUAUACCAAGACAUGGUAAAGAAAGCCUCUAAUACAUUCAAGGAUAGUGCCAUAAAACUAGGGAAGAAUGCACCAAUGUCUCGGGAUAUAAAGAUGCAUUACAGCUUCGAUUACGCGCAGCAAGUACACUACCCUAACGACCCAUACCAGCCAGGGCCAAUGUAUUUCCUAGUGCCAAGGAAAUGUGGCAUCUUUGGUGUUGCUUGUGAAGCGGUGCCACAACAGGUGAAUUUUGUCAUUGAUGAAGCUGUGCUAAUAUCGAAAGGUGCCAAUGCUGUGAUAAGCUACCUAGAUUAUUUUUUUGACCACUACGGCUUCGGUGAAAAAGACUUAGAAUUGCACUGUGAUAACUGCAGUGGUCAAAAUAAAAAUAACUUUAUGUUGUGGUACCUUGCGUGGCGCAUAAUUAAUGGACUACAUCGAUCGAUUAGCUUGAACUUCUUAGUAGCGGGACAUACGAAAUUUGCCCCCGAUUGGUGUUUUGGGCUUGUUAAACAGAAAUACAGGCGUACAAUGGUUUCAUCGUUGGAUAAUUUUGUAGAUGUCGUAAACAGUAGCACGAUAGUGGGGACAAAUAUUGCCCAGAAAGUUGGAACUUCUUCUGGUGAUGUUAUUGUCCCAUACUAUGACUGGAAUAAAUUCUUGUCGCUGUACUUCAGAACCGUGCCGGGGAUUAAGAAGUUUCAACAUUUCCGGUUUGAUGCAGCACAUCCAGGUGAAGUAUUCCGGAAGGAAUAUGCAGAUUCGGCUGAGGAAAAUUUUCAACUACUAAGAGAUGUCAACAACUUGCCCCAAGCAUCGAAGCCUGGAACAAUACCACCCCCAGGAUUAUCAUACGAAAGGAAACUUUAUUUGUUUGACAAAAUCAGAGAAUUUUGUUCCAUUGAGACUCGCGACAUUACAUGUCCUGCACCUGGUCCAGCUCCUGCUAUAGUUAAUGAUCCUGCUGUAGUUAAUGACUUUGUAGCUCGCAAACCAGCAAAGCGUCCUGGGACUCAAUUAGAUCAGGGUAAUCUAGUACCGAAACGUGGUCGUGGUGGACGUGGACGUGGUCGACGCGGUCGUGGAGGAGCUCCAACCUAGUGAUUUUGUGAAUUUUUGUAAAAUCAGAUAUUAAUACAUUAAUCGGUAGCACGCUGUAUAGUUUCAUUGUGGAAGUGGUUUACAUGAAAACUUGUUUCAAAAUUUUUUUUUAAUAAAAUUUUUAACCACGAAAAAACCUUAUUUGUUGUGCAUACAUUUUUUAAAAAGUUCUAGAAUGCAUAAAAUAUGGCGGUGUAAUGACCCAUAAGACAUUCUGGGGCAGUUUGGCACUUAUAAACUGAUGGUUGCUAAGGACCUUUUCUAAUUUAGGUUGUUUAAUCUUUAAACGCGAUUUUCUCAAAAUUGAGUUUUCAGCCUUAUGAUAUUCAAAAUGCCAUAACUUCGUAACUAAUCGACCGAUUUACAAAAACUUGAUUCCAAAUGAAAACUGAAAGUGUCAGCUAUAUGGCGGCCAUAAAAACUCCGUUUUAAAAUUUAUGUCAAUGUGACUGAUUUUGCUAUCACCGGUCACAU